AAUAGAUUAUACAUAUAAAUUAAAGAAAUAAUAGUUCAAGGCUUAUACGAUUGUUUUAAAUUGAAGAAACCAGAACCAGAACCAGAGGAUAAUGUGUUACGUCAACAAGUUGAUGAAUUUAAUAAAAUUAUUAAAUCUAAAGGAUGGAAAUCAGUAAAUUGUUUUAUUUUAAUGUCCAACACAUAUAAUUUAUAUGUACAAGCCAAUGCAAUAAUUAGUUCAUUUCCUUCUGUCAAUAAUGUUGACAAAGAGUCUUUAGAUACUGCAAAAGAGAAAUUUUCAAACGCAUUAAGUUGUUUUUACGGAUAUGUACUUUUGAAAUUACAUCGAUUUUAUCGUAAUAUACCGCCUAUAUAUAUACCGCCUAAUUAUAUUGAAAAGGACAAGUUGAACCAAUUGAAUAAAUUAAUCAAAAUAAUUUGUACGUUUAAACCAUUACUAACUUGUAUGGCUAAUGCACUAGAAUGUUUUGAAAGUAGUUUCCAGAAAGAUAUACUCGAAAUUCUCAAACAAUCAUUAACAUUAACUGAAAACUUGGAAAAACUUGAUGAAACAUAUGAUUAUGAUGCCGUAAUUAAAGAAAUUAAUGAUUCUACUAAUAUACAAGUAGAUUACAAAGACUAUAAAGUUAAAAUAUCAAAAAAUGAAUGUAUCUUAAACAAAUAUUUCGAUAAAUUACUAUCAGUUUUUGAUAAUAACAAAGAAUUCUCAACAUUUAAAAAGAUAGCUCGGCAUAGUGUUAAGUUGUUUUGCAAAAAUUUCAAUUUUACCCAAAAGGUAUAAUAAAUAAUAUAUAUAUUUUUUUGUUAUUUAUGAUGUACUUUGUGAUAUACUAACAAUAAAUAUUAAUUAAAUAUGUAUUUU